AUGGUCAUCCACCAAGAAAGACAAAGAACUCUUGGCAAUAGAUUAACCCCUCCCAUUACUGCUGCAACCAACACUAAUCCUCCCCUUGCACCUGAUUCCAACCCUGCUGUCAACAAAAAUUCUAAAAACAAAAGACCAAGACCCCACUACACUCACUGCCAAAAACUUGGUCAUUACAAGGAUAAGUGCUAUUUCUUACAUGGCUUCCCACCUGGCUAUGGAAAACGAAGAUCAAGUGACACUUCCAACACCAGCAAGAAACCAGAAAUUGGUUCGACCAACAAAACUGUACCUCAGACUCAUAACAUUUCUCUUCCAUCAGGAGACUCAUCCACUUCUCAACUCACCUCAGCUCAAUGUCAACAUCUGAUUUCCAUGUUGACUCAACAGCUCCAACCAACAACUAAUGCUUCAACAUCAGAAGGCCCCACCAUCAAUAAUUUCACUGGUAACAACAACUCUCAACCUCCAAUUUCUUGGGUUUUAGAUAGUGGUGCUACUCAUCAUGUUUUUUGCAAUAUUAGACAUUUUUCUCACAUCACUAAAUCUACCACACACAAAUCUGUCACUCUUCCUAAUGGCAAUACUAUGCAGAUCGAACUCAUUGGUACUGUUAUUAUAAACUUUGCAAUUACACUUCAUUAUGUGCUAUUUGACCAUUCUCAGACAUUAACGAUUGGGACAGCUAGAAGAAUUAGCAAGCUCUACUACCUGUAUCAAGAUGCAACUCACUACCAAGCCUACACAUCAGUCUCUCAUAAUAAUAUCAAAUCUGUCAGGACAAAUAAUGCAAAUGAACUUAAUCUUAAAAGUUUUUAUGCAAGACAAGGCACAACUCAUCAAAACUCUUGUGUGACUAGACCACAACAAAAUGUUAUUGUUCAAAGAAAACACCAAGACAUAUACUAA